UUGGUCAACAGCUCCCAUAAGGCUGAGAUAUGGCAGGCAUGCAACAUUCCAUUUGAAUUUGUCUACUGGAGUUUUGAAAAAGGAAAACAUAAAAGUGAAGAGUAUACCAAACUAAACCCGCUUCAACGUGUACCAACCUUAGAAGUUGAGGGUUUCCCAAACAUAAUAGAAAGCAAUGCAGCACUUCAAUUUCUGGCAGAGUUAGAUGGAGUUCCUGAGCAUUGGUACCCCAGAGGUAGAAAGGAGAGAUUACUUGUGAACAUGUACCUGGCUUGGCAUGGACCUGAUAUGAGAAAAUGUAUGAUUGCAUAUGCUAUGCCAGAGUAUGGUUGGGAUCUCCCCUUCUACGGGAAAAAGACCAAGACGGAGGAUGUCCUAAAGGCCAAGGAGGAUUUGGAGAAUAUGCUGAACCAGCUUGACAAAAUAUGGCUAAAGGAUACAAUGUACCUAGCUGGUGAUGACAUCACAAUUGCUGAUAUACAAUGUAUCACAGAGAUAGCUCAGAAUGAACCAACAGGUUAUGAUUUUGGCAGGAACAGACCAAAGCUAUCAGCAUGGAUUGACAGGGUCAAGGCCAGGUUACAGCCUCAUUAUGAUAUCAUACAUGAAGCCCCAUUGGCAGAAUUUAGGGCAGGCUACAUUAAACUGAAAUCUGAUAAAUAAUAUUUUAUUUUGGAUAUUAUGACUCUUCAUAGGCAACAAAGAGUAAUCUGAUAAUGACUUGCACAUAUUAUAAUAUUAUUGUAAUGUCAUAUUUUUGAGCCAUUACUUUUGUUUUAAUUGUUUUAAAUUGUAAUGAAUCAUUUUCGAUACAUUGCGAUGUACACUGCCAAAAGGGAUUGUGGCGAUAUGUCAACAUCUAUUAUUUAUUUCCUUAGUUCAUUUAUCAAUGUUCUCUGAUGUACUUUCACUUAAAAAAUGUUUAAGCUUAUCAAAAUGAACAAAUGUCCUCCAAUUUUCACAAUUUGUUUUCGCACAUAGUUUCCAGAAGUAUUUCUUUUUUGUUGUGAUCAGUAUUUUAGUGCAUUUGUGUUCAAUAUUUAAGAGAACUUUUCUCUGACCUUUUCCCGAUGUACAUCACGAUGUGCAUCAAUAUUUACUUCUUAAAAUUGCUGAUGCAUCAAUAUUCAAUCAUGGCACAUCGCGACAUCACAAUUAUUAAGAGCCUGAUCUUUAAAUAUUAUUAAAAAUCAGCCAGCGACACACAAUGUAGUAAGCUUAUACUGUACAAGUUAUAUCGAUUUUUACCUUUCAAAAUAUACAAUUUCAAACAUACAUAUAGUUUUGUUUAUUUGAGACUGGAGAUAAAUGGUACUGAAUUCAGUUCUGCCACAUCCAAGUUAAAAUCUCAAGUACAGACAUAACUAUAAUAUAUUCAGUAAUAACAUGCAUUCAUUAGUUAGUUCUGUCAUUACAUUUACCCUACUUACCAGUAUUAUUACAGAUUAUUAUAUACCUCAUAUGUAUUCUAGAUGUUCAUUGGUUAUUCAUGGUCACAUGAUAUGAAAUAGAUGAACUAAUUCCCUGG